GGAUAAUCUUGAAUUAUUUACAACUGCAAGAAUUAUUUUAGCUAUUGAUCUGGAAGUUUGGUUUCUUUUUUCAUUACGUUUUGUUAGUGCGAUUAAAUUAUUAGGUCCAAAAUUAAUAAUGAUUAGAAAUAUGUUAAAAGAUUUAAUAGCAUUUAUUUAUAUAAUAUUUGUUUGUAUUGCUGCAUAUGGUGUUGUAUCACGUGCAUUAGUUAUGUAUAAUUAUAUUGAUUUUACGGCAAAAAGUGUUUUUACAGCUGUCUUUUAUCAACCUUAUUGGCUUUUAUAUUCUGUUGCUGAUAAUGAAACAGGAUAUCUUGAUAAUAUUAUUUCUAAUGGCACAGCAUCAGAAGUAGCAGAAGCAACUGUUAAUCAUAUUCUCUUAACUUUUCAUAUGCUUUUUAUUAAUAUUUUAAUUCUUAAUUUACUCAUCGCUGUUUUUAAGUAA